GUCACCUACUGAGUGAAUUCACUUCCUGCAUCGCUUGGCAAGUGUCUGUCAACUGCAUCUGCAUCAUCAUGAAGUUCUUCAUCGUCUGCUCCUUUGUGCUGCUUAUGGGCAUGGCAGUAACCACCUCUGCCAAGGCACUGGCUCCCACCACCAGCACAGAUGAAGGCAUGGACAGGGAGAAGAUGAACCAGAUUAUUGAAAAACUGGCCAGUAGACCUGAAUAUGAGGGCCCAUAUGAAGUUCCUGGUGUGAUGGCUGAUGACCCUCUGGCCCCUGCCUUGACUAAUGACACAGAUGGAUCCAAUGGUGAGGGCAAGAGAGACAAAAGAUGGGCCAACAGCUUCGACGGUUCUGUCUACUUCAUCUGCCCAUACUAUGAGAGCAUAUCAAGGAUUUCUAGUUACCACAGCGACGCCUAUGAGGACAGACGUUUCAGUAUCAGCUGCAAAAGAACAUUCAAUUCCUUCCCAACCUGCCAGCAGAGUGGUUGGGUGAACAGCCUUGAUAGAUAUUUUGCCUACACCUGUCCCACUAACUAUGUCCUAGCAGGCAUGGAGAGUUACCACAAUGACAACUACGAAGACCGUCGAUUUGGGUUUAGAUGCUGCGCGGCCUCAGGCCACCGCCACAGUUACUGCUACUGGACCGAGUAUGUGAACUGGUUUGAUCAGUACUUCGAGUACUCGACCAACAGCCGCAGCUUCCUUGCUGGAGUCUCUUCCUACCAUGACAACAAUGCAGAGGAUCGUCGCUUCAGAUUCUAUGUCUGCAUAAAUUGAGACUGAAGCUGCCCAAAGAAUGAAGAUCACCAACUAAAAACAUGAAGAUUGAUGGCAGUCUCUGUUAUUCAACUCAUUAUUAACAUUUUCUCAUUGAUGCAUACUUUCUUUCACAAUUAUUCUUUCUGAUUGUUUAGACUGUUUAGAGAAAGACUUGACAAUUGCUAGGAGGUCCAGUGUUUGAAAGCUAAACUAAACUAUAAAUUAUCCAUUCACCCCCCUCCAGGUGAAUUGCAGACAUGCCAACAAUGGUUUUGAUAGAAAUGGCAUAGAAUCCAUCUUUUGGAUAUUGAUUCAAAUUGAAAAAGAAGCCCUUUCCUAUUUAAUAGUCAUGAGAUUGAAAUUGUUGAAUUGAUUUGAUUUUAAUUUAAUUGAUCAUUAUUCAUUAUUCACAUUUAUACCUAAAGAUAAGUCUGAAGAAUAAAUAAGAAUAAGUUCUGAACUGAACAAAGCUACUCUAUACAAGCCUAUAUGUAUUACUUACUUACUUACUGUAUCUAUA